GUGAAGCAGCUGAGAGGACGACAGAAGAUCACACUGAAAUAUCAGUUUCAUCUAACAGAGCAAAGAUGCAGUGGAGUCUGUUUCUGCUCCUUCUGAUGGGUCAGUGUUCCUUCUUCAUGUGUCACCUCCAUGAGUACCACUUUGUUGAAGAGAAGAAGAACUGGACUGAAGCCCAGCAGUACUGCAGAGAGCAUCACACUGACCUGGCCACAGUGUCUAACAUGACAGACAUGGAGAGACUCUGUGACUCUGCACAGAAUCAAGAUGGAGCCUGGAUUGGGCUUUACAGCGACCCUGAAAGAAAUAAGAGAGGGAUGUGGCACUGGCAGUGGUCUCUGCCAGGGCUGGAGUCCAAUGAUAGGGAGAGUAGAUGGCAUGAGGGAGAGCCGGAUAAUUUACACAGCCGUGAGAAAUGUGUGCAGAUGCACAAUCACAUAUGGUGGGAUGCCCCUUGUUCUCACAAUCAUAAAUGUAUCUGCUAUGAUGAAAGGAGGCAAUCCAACAAGAGAUUCCAUCUGAUUGAAGACAAGAUGAGAACCUGGCCACAGGCUCAGAACUACUGCAGAGAACAUCACACUGACCUGGUCAGUGGAGACCAACAGUUAGAGGACGACGAAUUCAAGAGAGAGUAUAAGUCAAGCGAGGUCGUGUGGAUCGGCCUGUUCAGAGACUCCUGGAGGUGGUCAGAUGGGAGCAAUCACUCUUUCAGAUACUGGGAUCUGGAGUUAUUCAGAGAUGAAGACAGCAGCAAGAAAUGUGCUGUGACUCUGCUGGAUGGAAAAUGGAGCUGA